AGGGGCGAUCUUGAGGAAUCGUGUGCUGCCACGUUGUAGCGGAUCGUGUUGGGAUGUGGGUGCCAGGGUCUGCAGGAGGCUGAGGAUGGCAUCGGCUGUGUUUGAGGGCACCUCCCUGGUGAACAUGUUCGUUAAAGACUGCUGGGUUAAUGGGAUCAGGAGACUGAUCAUAAACCGGAAAGGAGACGAGGAGGAAUUCUUCGAGAUCAGGACUGAGUGGUCGGAUAGGAAUAUUUUGUAUCUGCACCGGAGUUAUUCGGAUCUUGGGAGGCUCUUUAAGAAGCUGCUUGAGUCAUUUCCUGAAGAUCAUGGGGAGCUGUCACAGUCAUCUCUGCUGGAAGGACUCAUCACAAUAAAAGAUGCUCAUGAAAUAGAGUCAAGACUAAAUGAAGUUGAACAACUCCUGAAGACUGUCAUAAAUAUGCCUUGUAAAUAUUCAAGGUCAGAGGUUGUCCUCACUUUCUUUGAGAGGUCCCCACUUGACCAAGUGUUAAAAAAUGAUAAUGUUCACAAGAUCCAGCCAAGUUUCCAGAGCCCUAUUAAAAUAUCUGAAAUCAUGCGUUCCAAUGGGUUUUGUUUAGCCAAUACAGAAACGAUAGUCUUUGACCACAGCAUUCCCCAUGCAAAGGAUCCUGACUUGGAUGUAGAUUCAACAGAUCACUUAUUUGGAAAUGGAACAGAUUUUCCUCAAGAGGCCGAGGACGUUGAUGACCCAACAGCUUAUGUUACUAAUUUGUCCUAUUACCAUCUGGUUCCAUUUGAAACAGAUAUUUUAGACUGAAGCUAUCAAGAACCUGCAAGGAUUUUUUUUACCGUGAAGGUGAAACCUCCUGAGUGCUGCUAUCCCUGUGGCCUUUUUUAAAACUUUAAAAUGCAUUUCUCUUAGCAACUAGCGCACAGACUUCAGCAAUGAGGAGUAGACUUUUCAGAAUGCCUUAAUGUGAACGAGAGGCAGAAGAUGCCCUGGAAAGCUUGAAAUAAAGUUUCGCUUGUUCUGAUUAUCCAUUCCACAAUACUUAUCUAGCCUGUUUUUGCAUGCACAGUGGCUUUUUCCAAACAUAGUGCAUGAUCAGAAUUGUUUGCCUAAUUGUUGCCAGAAGAUCGAAGAAUCAUACACCAGCAGCAAAGUUAUAAUAUUGCAGUAAUUUAUGUCACAGUCGCUGAAGAGAAAGGGCUUUCUAUAGGCACAGUGACUAUUAUUAUUAUUUUGGAUGAAUGAUCCUCAACAACCAAACAUAAGCUGUAGUUUUUUCAUUGCCUACAGUUCCUGAAUGUAUCCAGAAUAGUGCAAA